CGGGGGUGAGGCCGGGCGGGUCGGGGCGCCCGAGUUGAGCCUCGGCGGGAAGUUGGAGAGCUUUCCCGGGGCCGCUUUGUAGCGGAGCGGGGCUCGCUGCCCUGCGCCUCCCCUCCGGAGGGGUCUGUCUGAAGGGAGACUCCUCCGUGUUUAUCUGGGGUUUAGGGUUUGUGUCUCAGGAGAACGCGGUUUCUGGUUUCUCCUGGGGUGCAGCUGCUGCCCGCUCCACAAGAGCUGACUCGGGGAGUAUCUCUACUUUCGCAAAACCAGCUCGGGAGCCGGGGAUUUCUUCUGCCGACUAGGGCUUUGCUUCGUAGGCUGCCGUUACUUGAUUCUUCUCUCUCCCCAUCAACAAAUGAUCAGAUGAAACUACAGAUGACAUGGCCAAAGUCAAGACAACACAUGAACUGAUGAGAAACAGCAUUACCUUCUGAGAACUUUAGCCUCCUAGUUGCUGGAAAUCCUAAGUGCAACUUUACUACCAAAAACGACCCUGACGUUAUGUGAUCAUCGAGCAGAGUUUGCAAGAAUGGAAAAGCAAAGGACCCCACUAGCUAUAUUGCAUAAAUAAAAAUUUCCAAGAUUCACCAAACUGAAAAAUUAUUCCAGCCAUGGGAGAAAAUGCAAGUUUUUGGGAAAGUUUGAUAUAUGCACAUCCUACCUGUACCACUUGGAAGCAAGAGGCAGAGGGAUCUAUCUACCACCUAGCCAGUAUUCUCUUUGUUGUUGGCUUUAUGGGUGGAAGUGGAUUCUUUGGGCUUCUCUAUGUCUUCAGUUUGCUUGGAUUGGGCUUUCUCUGCUCUUCUGUUUGGGCUUGGCUGGAUGUCUGUGCUGCUGAUAUAUUCUCCUGGAAUUUUAUACUGUUCGCCAUAUGCUUUGUCCAGUUCAUUUACGUUACCUACCAAGUUCGGAGUGUUUCCUUUGACAGAGAAUUCCAGGAACUUUACAGCGCUCUCUUCCAGCCUCUGGGAAUUUCCUUGACUGUCUACAGGAAGAUCGUCUUGUGCUGUGAUGCAGAAGUGGUUACCCUGGAGAAGGAACACUGUUAUGCCAUGCAGGGCAAAACACCUAUUGAUAAACUGUCCUUGCUUGUGUCAGGCAGGAUCAGAGUGACAGUUGAUGGGGAGUUUCUACAUUAUAUUUUUCCUCUUCAAUUUCUGGAUUCUCCUGAAUGGGAUUCACUGAGGCCCACAGAAGAGGGAAUUUUCCAGGUGACACUUACAGCAGAGACAGAUUGUCGAUAUGUGGCCUGGAGGAGAAAGAAGCUGUAUCUGCUCUUUGCUAAACACCGUUUCAUCUCCCGCCUGUUCUCAAUUUUAAUUGGGAGUGACAUUGCCGAAAAACUGUAUGCCUUGAAUGACAGAGUGCACGUGGGGAAGGGCUUUAGGUACGACAUUCGGUUACCGAACUUCUACCACGUUUCACUGCCAGAGACCCCUCCGGUGCAGCCCUCCCACCACCUACAGAGAGGGUCCCCCCGGCGCAAGCCCAUGGGGGUUACAAACUGCAGCUCUUUCAGCACACAGUCCUAGGAAGGUAAACUCUGCUGCAGCCAUUCCCCAAAGCAAUGAAGGGAAAGGCAAAGUGUUGAAGCAGAAGAGCAGAAAGAUGAAGCAGAAUGAGACCCAGUCAAGCCAAAUUUGAUUGACAAGUGCCAUUUACUUUCAUUGGAUUAGCUUGAAUUCUUCCCCUCUCUAGAGCCAGCAGGUUGGCUUCUGCAUUUUGAUUGUGCAAUGUGUUUAGUUUCUGUUGAUUCUUUUGUUGGUGUUCAUCUCCUUACUUUUGGAGGAAAACAAAUCAAAACAGGCUGAAGUUUUAUUGUAAUUGUGGUAGCCUAUGUGUUAUUUUUUUUAAAAAAACAAACCAAACCCACAGUAUUUGUAGUUAUACUUUCUGAAAAUUAUUUGCCAUAAUGAAGUAUAGUCAGUAUAGUCAAUGAAAGCAAGUAAGUUGUCUUCAAAAUAUAGUGACUUGCUGGUAACAUUCAUAUUUAUGUCAGGUGAACAUUGUCUCAAUUAACAUGAAGAAUAUUGCAGAAAAAAGACCAAGAGACUGAUUGGAUUGGUUUUGUUUUUUAAAGAAAUGAAAGAUUUUGAAAUGCACAGCAAGAUUCCUAAAAAAUAAUCAAAAUAAAACAACAAAUUCUGUCCCAUGAGCGUUUGGUUUCACUCUGACUGUCCUAAAGAGAUAUUAUGUGAAAACAAACAUAAAUGUAAUUGCUGGCAUUAGAAAAGUAAAGCAGUUCUACUGCUGCAAAUAUAGCCUAGGGAAGUGAUUGUGUAGUGUUUCCAAUAGAAUGUGAUGCUAUAGGAUCUAGGCUUCCACAGUAUCGGUGCCAUUCGUGACAUGUACAAUAAAUACUGUUAAUCAACUGCCAAACCAUUGGAGUUUGUUUUACAAUAUUCUUUUUAGCCAGGUUUGUCAGGAAGAAACUAAGAAACAGCCACAGCAAUAAAUACAAUUUUUAACCGAAACAUUCUUGUUUAGCUUCCAGAGUCACUUUUCUGUGCCUAUGAAAUUCUCGUUCUAAAAAGUAUUUUCUCCCUAACUCUGUGGUGUUUUAAUGGCAUAAGGGAGCGCCAGCUCACUCUUUGGUAGGAGAAAGCUGGUUUCGACUUGAGGUCACUGUGCCUUUGGGGAGAAGUGUCUGAAUGUCUUUGCUAACUCACCUUCCUGUUGCUAUGCCUGCUGCCUGCCAGUAAUCAAAAAAAUAAGAAGCAUUACUAUUUUAUGAGACUGUAUUGCUGCUUGAUAUAUCGGGAGGUAGAUCACAUUUUUAAUAUUUUAAAAUUGCUGGACUGUUCGGUAGGACAACCAUUGUGUGUUUGUGUGUGUGCAGGGACACAUAGGAGUUUAGAUCCUGGGAGUUGUUGCUGGAGGACUUAAAAUAACGAUACAAACUCAUGCUUGCAAGAUAAUCAUGCAGCAUGUAUAAGAAAGCUAUUAGAGGUGAUAUGAAACACUGUCUCUUUAAAGGACCUUCAGUGUAGAGCAGGCAACGUACGAGUUUUGCUUUUAGCUUUAUGUCCCUUUCUCAGAGGGUAAAAUCUGCCAAACAUAAAUACCAUAGCAUGCAAUGUGAUAAUCCCCAAAUCCUCCUAAUAACCCUCCUCGUGAUGUAUUCUGUAUGUAUUACUUAAUGUGUGGAGUCCCUGAGUCACAAAGCUGCUUUGUCUUGGUCAAAAGAGCAUUGAAAAAAAUGCAAACAGAGAGUUCAUUGACAGCUAUUGAAGACUGACCCAGAAAAUAACUAAGGCACAAAGUGCCAGAGGCUGGCAGCGUGUAGUAAGGACAUACAGCUGUGUGUGCCCUCUUCCUAUACUUUUUACGGUUAAGGGACAAAAUAGCAGGCUACCUGACCCCUUGGUAUGACUCAGCACAUGUAUUCUCAUGUAACGCCAGCGGUGUGAUUAGUAUUAUGUCUUAUUUGUCAGCAGUGCCUGGCACCUGAGGUGGGGAGGAAGUGCGUCAUCUCUCAUGGAUGUUGUCACUUAGGCUGCGCCUCAUGAUCCCUGCUCCGGUUCACCUGGCUGAGCUGCUCUGAUAACCUUAUGCUGGUUUUUAACAGGUGGUUUAAAAAUAGCCCCCCAUCUCCCAUCGUUGUCUUAACUUAAAUAGGGUUGGCAUUUAAUAAACUAGCAUGAUCAUCUUCACCUUCAAAAUAAGACCAAGGAGUCUUGCCCACCCAGCUUCUGUAUCAAGCUUAUAUAUUCUAUUUAAACUAUAGCAUAAUGCUUAGAAAGAUACCUGCUCUGGAGUGAUGGGUACUUCAUUGCAUACUUUGGUCAUUUUUUCUUCUUUGUGACUGCCGCGUGCUUUGGUUUCAGCCUCGUUUCCAACCACAAUCCUCUGUGAUGCUUUUCUCUGCUGCAAUCAGUUACUAUCAGAAACCUCUACUAGGACGUGUCUGAGUCAAUAUCUGAACAUACUCUCAGCUAAUCUUGUUUAGCUUUUGCUACUGUGCUUUUUGGGCUUUGAGUCACUUUUUAAAAAUUGUUUCCAGUUUUCCAGCAUCUGUUUAAGUCAUGACUAGCAAAACAUUUCAGCUGUAGAAUUCAGGGCAUGUAUAUCUACAAUGAUACAAGUACACAUAAAAGGACUGGAAGCGAGACAGCAAGCCCUCUCCACCCAUUUUUUUUUAAUCUUGACAGCACUUCUAAAAUGUACCGUAAAAUACAGUAUGUGACUCAUAAACCAAUGUUUUGGGAGAGCUGUAUAAUCUACCUAUUAUUAUUUCACUGAUGUCAGUGAAAUAAUACAAGCUUCUGUGAUACCAUACACACCCAGUCAUUAGAGAGUUGGGGUUGCUCAGCCUGGAGAAGAGAAGGCUGUGGGGAGACAUUGUUGCGGCCUUUCAGUACUUAAAGGGGGACUAUAGGGAAGAUGGGGACAGACUUUUUCACAGGGCCUGUUGCAAUAGGACAAGGGGUGAUGGUUUUAAACUAAAGGAGGGUAGAUUUAGACUAGAUAUAAGGAAGAAAUUUUUUGCUAUGAGGGUGGUGAAACACUGGCAGAGGUUUCCCAGACAGGUGGUAGAUGCCCCAUCCCUAGAAACAUUCAUAGUCAGGCUGGAUGGGGCUCUGAGCAACCUGAUCUAGUUGAAGAUGUCCCUGCUCACUGCAAGGGGUUUGGACUGGAUGACCUUUAAAGGUCCCUUCCAACCCAGAUUCUAUGAUUCUGUGAUUAUUUAUAGGUUAGUAAACAUCUGGAGCUAGAUGAAGCUCUGACGUGAACAUCAUCCAAUUUACGCCUGUGCUACUACUCAGGAAUAGUUACUGGUGAGGUGGUCAGGCUCCUUCAUAAUCAGUUUAAGUAAAUGGAUACUUGAGUCCAUGCUGCUUUGUGAAUUGAGGACACUAUCAAUGAAUCCUUUUCUUGAUCUGCAGUGAUUCCCCUUUACUCAUAUUUUACAUUUUUAACAGUUCCAUAAUCUCUGUGGGGUUAUGUCUACAUUUGUAUAGUUACAGGUAAGAGUGGCAGAAUCUGGUGCACGUGACGAGCUGCUCAUUCAUCAGCAUCAGUUGAUCUUCCAGAGUUUUUAUAAUUGUGAACGUCAUGCUGGAAUUGCCCUUACAGCCUGCAGAAGGGUUCAAAUUUACUGCACAAGCUAAAAACGCAUAUGGCCUAGGACAGUCCAAGAAGAAAAAAAAAAGGCGAGCGCUCAUCUUCUUACAGGUUUUAUCCAGGAGAGGUUUAUUUUAAAUUGGGCUUGUGGCAAGCUAAUUUAUUGGAUGCAGCAAUGUUUUGUGAGAGCUUCAAAGUGAGUCUUGCAUAUUUAGGGCCAUGGGACUGACCCUGCAACUCUCGUUAGGUAGUAUUUUCUUAACUGGUAGUAGUGUAACCACAGGUAACAGGUUCUAAAUGAUGUUUUUAAUCCAUCAUGCAACUCUACUCAAAACUACAGAAUAACCAGAGGGAACGUAUCCCAAUGUACUACUAUAACUAAUAAUGCUACACAAGGCAAAUUGUAAGUGCUUGAUGAAAAAGAUUAUUUUAUGGGGUUGCCUAUGGUAAUAGAGGCUGGGCUUGGUGACUGAGGAGGGCCAUCCCAGUCCCAAAUUUUCAAGAAUUAAUUGCCCUGCAACAAACCAGCGUGAUAGUGAUCAAAGACAACUCAGUAAUGGAAAGAAUUAUGAAUGAUGGCAAACUAUACAUAUAGAUAUAUGACCUCCACUAGGACAAAGCUGGGAAAGCUGAACACAUGCUUGGAUGAAAUUGUAUAGUUUUGCCACACUGCAGAAAAGUAUAUGCUUGCAGUAAUUAAAUGUUAUGUUGGUGCUACAUUUCCAGCAAAAAAGUGCUCUACAGUUUUCAAUUAUUGUAAAUUAUAAAUAUGACAUAUUUGGGUUCAAUAUACAUGAAAAAUUAUUAUGCAUUGUUGUACUGCUCAUAUAAACAGGUCUUGCAAACGGUGUGUUAAAAAUGAAAAAAUCCAUAGCUAUUUAGAUGGAAGAAAACUAUUUAACUAGAAGAGGAAAACAUUAAUAGCUAUUUGCUGAAUUCAGACAUUAACAGAUUAAACAUUUUUCUAUUUCCAUAAUAAUUGAAUGCAUAUUCUUCUGCCCCAAAGUGCUACUGUAUAACAGGUAUUUUUUUCACAGUACAACAAAAUAAAUACCUUAAGCUGAUUUGUUAAUCCCUCUCGAAAAGACUUACUUUAAUUGCAUUAAUAUGCAUAAAAAUACAAUAGGUUCAGGGCUCCCAAGAGAAAGCACCCAUUGUUUUUUCUGUUUGUCUAAUUGACAUUAACUUUCUAGUAGAUUUUUGUGUGUCUGCAGUUUCUGCUUACUCUAAUUCUACUUCUGUGUGAAUCAAAAGAGUUAAUUGAAUUUAGCAUGUAAAUCAAGCCACUUCAUCCUGAUGAAUCAAACCGUGUAGGUGGACCUUCGUCAGUAGGAGCAUGUAGGAGAAACGCAGUGCAAGCAUGUCAUGUGUGAGCCCCAGGAUUCAGGGUCGCCUCCCAAACCACGGCUGGCAAAGCCCUUCUAGAGCAUAGCUUUGCAGGUGGUUCUGCCAGCAGAGGGUUUGGACCCGAAUCAUCACUGUGCAAGCCAGAAAUGUUUUUAAACAUUGUCAUGGACUGGGAAAAAGAUGGGGCAUUCCCAAAAGCUUGUGGGAGCAGAAGGAUUUUGUAGCAGUUUUUCUUCUGCAAAGAAAAUAGUGGUAAAUAACUAUUUUAGCACUGAAUCUCAUAGUUUUCAUUGUAUCCACUAGUAACUUUCCACCCAAACUUGUCUAAAGCCUGGGGGAGGUAAUAAUUUUCCAGGAGUAAUGUACUUCAGGCUGAGAAAGACACUGAAGCCAAAAAUCCCUUUUCAGUGAUAAAUGCUCUAACUGUGUCAUCGUAUAGAAGUGGGCAGCACCAUCACCUUCUGUAGCAACCACAUGUCAUACGUGAGCAUUAAAGCAUCUCAGAUGUGUGAAAGGAGGUGAGUGCGUCCUUGUCCCCAGGCAGAGAGUCUGGCCAGACAACCCCCAGUAGCUGGUGCCCUGCCAGAGCCAGGGCUCAGUGGAGGUGAGGCACACGUCUGUUUUGCAUUUCCCUUGUGUAGGUUGUCGUGACUCCUAAGAAGCAUAGAGGACUCCUAAGAAGCAUAGAGGAGUGCUGGGUUUGGACUUCCAAGGGCCAACUGUAGGACAUGGCAACAAAGGCGGGAUACUGGCAGGUAAGCUAUAGGAUGGUGUAAAACACGUUAGGUAUAUGCCUUCUCUUACCCUGAGGUAAACAGAAAAUAACUUAUCCCAUAACAGGAGUGAGGCAAGCCAGUUCACAUCUGCUAGGAUACACAAGGAUGAGUAUCAGCAUCUACCAUAAACUAGCUGGAAAUCCUUACUGUGCUUUGUUGAUUUAACUCAUUCAUGUCAAAAAACCUUAAAAUUUUUAGUGAAUCCAGUUGUAGCAGAUAUUCUAUUUUACUAAGGGAUUUAGCUUAGAUAAUAUAUUUUGUAUACUUAUUUUGAAUAUGAAGCAAAACUGUCCUGUUUUCAUUUUCACAAAGGUUGGGUCCUCUCAGAUGACCUUUUUAAGCAGCUCUCCCUAGUGAGGUGAAUGGGAGUACUUCCUAAAAAUCAGUCAUAUGGCACCACGCUCUGGUUUUUACUGGGUCUCCAUUUUCUUGUUCACUUAUGGCUUUUCCAAAACUGUGUCCUUUCAGUAAAUAUGUUCAUAUUUUAAAGAAUUGAGGAGCAAUUAUUAGUAGGAAAAAAUAUGAUAAAAACAGGUAUUCUGAAAUCAGAUAUGGAACAUAAAACGUUUUUAUACUGGUUUUGGUUUUACAAAUUAUUAGUACUUUUCUCUGUACCAUAGUCACUGCCAUUUUAGUUCUAAAACUGCUUUAUACAGUGGUAUAUGUACUUAAGCUAACACUACAUGCAAAAGCAAUAGUCAUAUAUAUAUAUAUUAUCUGUACGUUUACUGCGAUCUGUAUCCCUGUUUUUAAUGCUACAUUAUAGGGUUUUGUUUGUUGCUUUUUUUCUUUACCGAACAAAGAAGUGUAAUAAAUAUUCAUCAGCA